GAUUAGUAAAGAGCAGAAGUUUUCUGAAGUUAUUUUUAUUUACACUUCACAUGAAAUUGGGAAAACGUUGACUAUCCAUAUCAAAAAAUUGUAUUUGUCAACAGGAGAGAGGAGGCAUUGGAGGGAGGGUGCUAAACACCACUCCUUGGCAUUGGUCACCAUGAAUCAGAGACUGCUUCUCCUUGAAACACACAAGAAGAUAGAUUUCCUGUCUUUCAAGAGCUUAAAAUUGAAUUUGGAUUAACAUGCAAAAAAGACAUUUAUACAUCAGUUAGCAAAUGUUUGUAGAAGACAGUGGUUUACCCUUCACUGCAUCUUUAGGGCAUUCCCCAUGUGACGAGUACUAAGAUGUUUCCAUUAUUCAAAAUCCAGCUUGAGUUUAGCCUUUAAAAAGUGUCAGAACGACAUAUAUGGCUGUGUUAAUAUUCAUGAAGUGCUACAGUAAGAAAAACAAACAAUAGAAAUAAAUGUAAAUGGCCAUAAGCUCAUGGAAAUCUGUCCAAUAUCAAUCAAAACAACAAAUCCGUUAACAAACUUUAAAUACCCACUGCUGUUCAGAAUUCACUAGAGUGGAUUUUAAUCAACUGCUAGUGAGAAUGUAAAUUGUUUUUUUCUGGAGGGCAGUUUAUAUCUUUUGACCUAGUAAUUCUUCCUUAUAUAAAUAUAUCCUAAAUAAUAAUAAAACACACACACCACAGAGAAAAAACAUGAGGAUAUUAACCAUGGGGUUACUUAUAACUGAAAAAUUAAGAAACCUGUGCGACAAUAAGUGACAAAUUAAAUCACAAUUUGAUGAAGUACUAGGAUAUUUUUCCUCAAGUUGCCUUUAAGUUUGCAGCAAGCUGGGCCAAUCCGUUUUGCCAACACUUGCCCACGUGCUGGCAGACAAUCGCAGUAGUCGCGAGGUGGGCACUUGGUUUUGUGCUAGGGCCAAUCGUGAUGCUGUUUAGUUUUACUCUGGACAAGCCUGGGACGGACUGCAGAGGGGACCGAGCUCCUCUAGCUAGACACCCCACCCCAACAACUCCAGACGCCACUCCCACAGCCGGUGUCCUCGCCUCGAGAAGUCGAGUCCGUCUUCUUCUGAUUUCGGUGCCCACCUAAGCAAUCGGCUCACACAGUUCGGAAAGGUCCUGAGGCCCGAGUCAACAUUUCCGGCUCAGACCUCGACCGGAGAAUGUGACUGCCCACAGCCACGCCCACAACACCCCGGCACCAAAGGGACGCAGGACUGGAGGCUGGUCUCUCUGGGAAGCACCCGAGGGCCACGGCGGUUCCUCGUUUGCCCCGAUCCGCAGGGACCCCCAGGUCCUCCCCGGCCCCUUUUCCCACUUUAGACCCUGGAGCGCAGGAGGCAGGGCUAGGAGGGCAAGUGCAGACAGGCGUUCGGCUCCGCCGAGUCAAGCUCGGCUCCCGUCGCCCCCUCCCUGAAGAGCCGUCUCGGUUCCCUAGCUCGGCCUCGUCCCGGUGGCGCCCAGCCAGACUCCCGGCAUUCUCGCUCACUCAUUGGCCCGCAGCGCCGCGCCCGCCCUACCGCACCCCGCGCCGCGUGGGGGCGGAGCCAGCGGGUUCGCGCCAAAAUCACGUAACUAAUCCCUCCCCCGCGGGCUACGUCGCGCCCUCCUUUUUUUUCAAACCCGGGGCUGGGCGGGGAUUGGUGGGCUGGACACUCACGUGGUUAACGGUCGCGGGAAGCCGCGGAGCCCGAACUCGCGGCUGGACCUGCGGAGACCUCAGCCUCGGCGCACGGGCCGCCCCGCCUCUCCCGGAUAAGUCCGCGUUGCCGCCGCCACCAUCACCCGCAGCCUCAAGCGCCCCGGAGUCCCAGCUCACCGCCACGCAGACCCGCCGCGGCGGCCACCGGACGCGCCCUGUUGCACGUGGCAGACCCGCCCCCUGGGCCGACUGUGUCCUGGACUCUGCGGGUCCCGGCUCUCCGGUCCUCCGCCCCGACCCCAGGAGCGCGAUGAGCUUUCUGAGCCGACAGCAGCCGCCACCGCCCCGCCGCGCUGGGGCCUCCUGCACCUUGAGACAGAAACUGAUCUUCUCGCCCUGCAGCGACUGUGAGGAGGAGGAGGAGGAAGAAGAGGAGGAGGGCAGCGGCCACAGCACCGGGGAGGACUCCGCCUUUCAGGAGCCCGACUCGCCGCUGCCGUCCGCGCGGAGCCCCUUAGAGCCCGGGCCCGAGAGUUGCCGCUCGCCCGGCCCGGCUCCCGGCAGCCCCGGGGAGCUGGAGGAGGACAUGUUGCUGCGGGGCGCCUGCCCCGGCGCGGAUGCGACCGGCGGCGGGGCCGAGGGCGACUCGUGGGAGGAGGAGGGCUUCGGCUCCUCGUCACCGGUCAAGUCGCCGGCGGCCGCCUACUUCCUGGGCUCGUUCUCGCCGGUGCGCUGCGGCGGCCCGGGGGACGCGUCCCCGCGCAUUUGCGGGGCGCGCAGGGUUAGCGAGGGCCCGUGCUCGCCGCUGCCUGACCACCCCGGCACCCCGCCGCACAAGACCUUCCGCAAGCUGCGGCUCUUCGACACGCCGCACACCCCCAAGAGUUUGCUCUCCAAAGCUCGAGGAAUUGAUUCCAGCUCUGUUAAACUCCGAGGUGGUUCUCUAUUCAUGGAUACACAAAAAUCAGGAAAAAGGGAAUUUGACAUUCGACAGACUCCCCAAGUGAAUAUUAAUCCUUUUACUCCAGAUUCUGUGUUACUUCAUUCCUCAGGACAGUGUCGAAGAAGGAAGAGAACAUAUUGGAAUGAUUCCUGUGGUGAAGACAUGGAAGCCAGUGAUUAUGAAUUUGAAGAUGAAACAAGACCUGCUAAAAGAAUUACAAUUACUGAAAGCAAUAUGAAGUCACGGUAUACAACAGAAUUUCAUGAGCUAGAGAAAAUUGGCUCUGGAGAAUUUGGUUCUGUGUUUAAGUGUGUGAAGAGGCUGGAUGGAUGCAUUUAUGCCAUUAAGCGAUCAAAAAAGCCAUUGGCCGGCUCUGUUGAUGAGCAGAACGCUUUGAGAGAAGUGUAUGCUCAUGCAGUGCUUGGACAACAUUCUCAUGUAGUUCGGUAUUUCUCUGCAUGGGCAGAAGAUGAUCAUAUGCUUAUACAGAACGAAUAUUGUAAUGGUGGAAGUUUAGCUGAUGCCAUAAGUAAAAACUACAGAACCAUGAGUUACUUUACGGAGGCAGAGUUGAAGGAUCUCCUUUUGCAAGUUGGCCGGGGCUUGAGGUAUAUUCAUUCAAUGUCUUUGGUUCACAUGGAUAUAAAACCUAGUAACAUUUUCAUAUCUCGAACCUCAAUACCAAAUGCUGCCUCUGAAGAAGGAGAUGAAGAUGACUGGGUGUCCAACAAAGUUAUAUUUAAAAUAGGUGAUCUUGGGCAUGUAACAAGGAUUUCUAGCCCACAAGUUGAAGAGGGUGAUAGCCGUUUUCUUGCAAAUGAAGUUUUGCAGGAGAACUAUACCCAUCUACCAAAAGCGGAUAUUUUUGCCCUUGCCCUCACAGUGGUAUGUGCUGCUGGUGCCGAACCUCUUCCCAGAAAUGGAGACCAAUGGCAUGAAAUCAGACAGGGUAGAUUACCUCGGAUUCCACAAGUGCUUUCUCAAGAAUUUACAGAGCUGCUAAAAGUUAUGAUUCAUCCAGAACCAGAGAGAAGACCCUCAGCAAUGGCACUGGUAAAGCAUUCAGUAUUGCUGUCUGCGUCUAGAAAAAGUGCAGAACAAUUACGAAUAGAAUUGAAUGCUGAAAAGUUCAAAAAUUCACUUUUGCAGAAAGAACUCAAAAAAGCCCAGAUGGCAAAAGCUGCAGCUGAGGAGAGAGCACUCUUCACUGACCGGAUGGCUACUAGGUCCACCACCCAGAGUAAUAGAACAUCUCGACUUAUUGGAAAGAAAAUGAACCGCUCUGUCAGUCUUACCAUAUACUGAACUACUCAUGUCCCACCUCCCCCAAAAAACUGUGACAAAAGGGAAGAUAGGUUGAAAUCACUGCUAGAACCCAGUUACAAUCAUUUUCUCAAAAUUGGUAUCAGUUGUUUACCUGAAAUAUCUUUUAGGACUUUUAUUUGUGAAUUACAGUUAAAAGCUGUAUUUUGACCAAUGCUCUAUCAGGCUUUCAUCUAGUCUUACCAGUCUGUCUGGUAGGGUGUGUCAGUCAUGUUGGAUGUUACAUCAGUCUUUCCAGGGUUAACCACUAUGGUUGUGUGCUGCUUAUAGUUUGCUGUUGGGUUGUAAUAAAAGGUAUCAUUCCCUACAAUGACCUGUAAAAAGGACUCAAGGGCUUUAUUGCAAACAUUCUCCCUUUGAAAAGGAAAAUGGUAAGAGACUCAGUUACCACGGCCUUCAGUGUACCUGUGUGUGUCAGUCUUAUAUUUCUUUUUUUUUAUUAUUUUUUAUUGUGAAUUAUACUUGUAUAUCCAACUGGGAGCACUUUGUAGGCACUGUAUGAACCAUGGAAUGAUAAUUCUGUGGAAGUAUUGCCUUGUGAAUUUGCUGCUAUUUUAGUUUUGUUUUUGCUGUAAAAUUGUAGCAUUAAACAAUCAUCAUUGUUAAUAGGCAUUCUUUUGAAAACAAUUAUGUGAAAUAUAUAGCUGCUCUUGAUGAAAAGCAGCUAUUUGCCUUUCUUUUUCUUUGGACUUUGAAGCUAGUGCAUUGGAGAAGUGCACCUCCCCCCCCUUUGGAAUGCUGUAUUAAUGUAGUGUAAUUAUUACUGGUUUUGUAAUUUUUCCUGAUAAUGCCCUUCCCAGACUCUUUUUAAAAAAUGUUGCCUCCUUCCACCCAAGUUUUGAACUUGAUUGUAUUGUUAAUCUGUUUUUAACUGUUUUGCCCAGUUUCUCUUCAAUAUUUGUGUAUAUAAACUAAUCUUGGUGAUACUGUACAUAGAUGUUUGAAAUGCCAGAAUGACUUCUGACUAUUCCAAGCUUUUCACAAAAUACGUUUUAUCUGUGAUUAGCCAUUUGACUAAUAAUACUGGCUAAUAGAUGUUGGAAAAAAAGAAUUUGUCUAUUGUUUUCCUAUUAAUUUUGGUGUAAGACAUGUUUGCACUUGUCUCUUUGACUUGUGUUUUAUUAACAUUGAUUGGCAUAUUAAAAGUCACUCUGAGCUUAA